CCGGCAUUCAGUUCAGAAACCAGUGAGCCGCAAUCGAGACAACUCGUGUCGGACAGUAAACGGAGAUUACCAGCGCUUUCACAUGUGGAUACGGAUCACGACACAGGGGCUCCAGGUAUAGAAGGAGAAGGACAGGACCUCUGUCUAUCAAACUCUGAAGUGCCCCGGGGCCCACUGUAUAGGUCAACCCAACCGUAACGCCGCAGGACAAUAGGAGCCGAACCCAGGGGCCUUUGACGGCUAUCAAAAAGCAAAUAAUCUAGCUCAUUAGCUCUGUUCCCCCAAGACGACCUUCUCUGAAAAGAUCAACAGAAGAAAGGAACUAAACAAGGAGGGAAAAAAAGGCACUGGCAGCUAUUUCUGAUGCUCUGUGGUGAAGAGAACAUCUCAUUUGGGAUUUAAGGAUUGCGGAAAAAGGAUUUCCCAAUGCCCUGCCCGCUUAUCCCAAUGCCUGUGUAAAUACUGCAUGGAGAUAUCGAUUUGUCCCUUUUCCAAAAGCGCCCAGUAAAGAGACUAAUUAUAGCCAAUCCCAACAGCCAGUCUGUUGCUUAAACCUCUCAGAUUCUCAGAAUGCCUAAAAAUCUACAUUCUUAGAGGUCCUAUAAAUGGAUCUAUAAUCCAAGACACGUCAGCUCUUGAAGAAGGUGGUUUUAUCUCAAGAGAGUUUCUUUCUCUUUGUAAGGCAAGGCAGUUGCUUUGUCCUUUCUAUUUGGAUGCAUUUUUCCAAAACUCCAAAAUGAAGCCCUUAACUCCCAUUGGUUCACCUUCUCCGCUGCGGCUCCUGAACAAGGGGCCCGAUUACCUGCGCAGGCAGAUGGAUGCCGGAAGCAGGGGUCGUUCUGUCAGUGCCGUAGAGCGACUGGAAGCCGACAAGGCGAAGUACGUCAAGACUCAACAGGUCAUCAACACAAAGCAGGAGCCUGUGUUAGUGCCCUGUGCGACACCUCCGCCGGUUCCCCGUCGCAACUUAACCCUGUCCACUCCUUCAACACCCGUCCUCCCACCUCGAAAUCAAACGGUGCCUUUCUCUGCACCGCUAUUCUCCAGGGAUGAAAAUGAGGAUGACUCCAGUCUCCAGAAAGAGAACUGUCGGAAUGAAUCUGAUGUGGAAACCAACAAUCGCAACAAUGCAAACAAGCCUCCCAUACCUUCUCCAAGAACUCCAACCAUUGCUCCAUUAGUCGCCCCGCAUAGUGCUCCAAUAAUGCGAAGGAGCAAUGGCAAGCGCAUGCUGCGCCCAGAUUCCCUGGUCAUUUACAGACAGAAGAAAGAGUGCAAGAGUCCUAGCAGCGGUGGUGAAAAUGCCAACGGCAACUUAGAGGUCAAGGGAUACAGCUUUGUACGACGGCUCUUCCAGGGAUCCAUGCGUGAAAAGAGUGGUGGGAACGACGCUCAGAAAAUGGUGAUAAACGAGGAGAAGGCUUCUUCCUCUCGAGACGGGGAUUCACGAAUGUCCUGGUCCAAUGACAAAGACACUGUAGAUGGUGGAAACGAGACCAGGCGAUCAAGCAAAUCCGAGCGAGAGCAUUCAACCCCCGAGACGCAAAACGACAACACUAGUUUUCAGAAGAACUGCAUGAUCAACAGUUUACGAAAUGGCACCGGGAACUCCAACAAUAACGAUAUGGACCCUUGGAAGCCAGUCGUUCCCCUGAUGCGAACCAAUUUGAAACGCUCCAAAUCAGAAUUGCGACUACGCUGCUCGCUAGCCAUGUCCGAGCAGGAACGCUUCUUUGACUACUGUGGAUUGGACCUAGAUAUGGUGGAAAGGCUCGGACCGGAGAACUUUCUAACCGGGGCCAGUUCAGUCGACACACUCUCGCUGCUACUGAGGAGCGUUGGAGGUGGUGGCUCAGAGCCCAGUGAAUUUUCCAGACACUCUGGUGAAGGGAUUUUCCAGGAGGAGCUUGCCGAACAGAUUCCUACAGGUGUGUCUAUUAUCGAGAGAAAUGCACGGGUCAUAAAGUGGCUUUACGGUUGCAGGAACGCAGCCCAGGAGGGUCCGAAAGAGUCUACUGUUUGAUUAUCACGUUAACUAAACCCAAGACUUUCUGGAGCCGUGUUCCAGUGCUGUAUUUAUUUUACAUGAGAGUAUUUAAGAGAUUUGUUUGGCUUUUUACAGCCAGUACAAGUCACACAUGAAGCUGCAAAAUGAUACUUCCUUUCAUGACCUACACUGUGGCUUUAUCGAAAUCGCCCCCUAUACCUUCAUUCACUAUUCCCAACAUUUGUUUACUAAUAUAGUCCACUUGAAGAAACGAAUUUGGACAAUGAAUGUGGCUAUGCACUCUACCUUUCGGGCUUGCACUCCCACCCGGCACUUUCACCAAGUGUGUGGAUGCUGCACUCAAUCGGAGCAGUUGGUGGUUCAACAUCAAGAUGUCGUCCUCACCCAUAUGAAAGAACUGGGGCUGAAUGCCAAGAAAAGUGUGCUUUCUCCACUACAGAGAACCACUUAUCCGGGCAUGGUGUGGGAUUCAACGACGAUGCAGGCACAUCUGUCUCCUGCUCGUAUCGAUAUGAUCCUCACAUCUUCUGGCAAGACUUGGAAAUUCAUUAGCUGCAUUUCUCACAUUUUAUGGCUAUUCUGUGGUGGCCUGUACACUCAUUAUUGCUGAACAUUAUGAGAUUGAGUGAGUAAUGUCCUGUACGGUUUCAGACUAGUGCUCUAUAGAGUAUAGGGGGCGAUGUAUAUGAUGUUCUCUGUAAAUAGAAAGAGUCAUGAGUCCGUCCUGUUACUUCUGUUCAGAAACGAGUGUUAUUUGUUGAGCGUAACUUAAAGAAUGUGUCAUCCGAUGAAUAAUUUAACAUUGAAAACCACUAAGCUUUUUCUCUGGGGUUGGGAAACCGAUGCAUGAGUGUUAAAUGAACCAUGUGUACCUCAUUUCCCAACUGUCCCAGUUUAGUUUGUGUGUUGCCUUUUUUCCUUAAACGCAGGCGUUGGAACAAACACACAGAGGACCCCUGUGGGGAUAUUAAUGCACUGAAUUGGAGAAAGAGACGGAGCGAGAGCUAUAUAUACUGCUAUGAAACAUGUUUUUAACACUGAGUGUAUGCAAAGAAAUACGCAGGGCCUUAAAAACAACCUGAUUUUGAGUUUCAUUAACUUAUGCCAAAGAAACGUGCUGCAUACUGAUGUACAAUAUGUUCCAAACCCUAUCAAGCCGCCUUGAGAGAAUGAUGCUCUUGGAGUUUGGAUGGAAUGGCAUAUUUUUAUUCAUAUUUUUCCAGUACAGAACAAAAUAUACUUAUCAUCAGCACAUCUUCCAUUUUUGAUGAUAUUUUUUCCCCUGUGCUUUUAAGAAUUGCAAAUUCAAUUUUGGCCAAAACACACUGCACAAUUUUACUCUAAAAACCAAAUAUUAUUUUAUAAAAGGGACCAAAGGUAAAAUUGUAAGAAUCAUUCAUUGAAACACCAAUACUCUUGGCGAACGCUCACUAGGGUUUGGAACAACCAUUAUUUUGCCCCCAACUGUCUUUUACCAAGAACCUAAACAUGGAAAUUGCUCAAUUUCAUUCUUGUGUUUGGAAAACCGCAUCAUGGGUGUUACUUUGAUUAUUGUGAUGAUAAAUUAUGAGUGUUUGCACGGUUUUCCUCAAUGCAAAUGACAGUUCCUGUGGCGACGCAUUCUUCAGUACGCACUUGAUCACGCUGUUUCUAUGUUUAACUCACAAAAGUACAACGUUUAGCAAAGUAGAGGAAGACGUAACAGCGAGAGACCUGCCGGGCGGACACACACUCCCAGUGUGGGAGAUGCUGAUGUGUUUUCAUAUUGAAGGAGACCUUUGAAAGCUCCUCCCGUCUGAACGCAUCAAUCAGACACUGAUUCUCCUUUGUCGUAAUGAAUCCCCCGGUCAGAGGCAUUAAUCAGUCUCUAUGAUACCACUGAUAAAUGAAGCAAAGGUCCGCUGCGGCAUGCACAGGUCAGACUGCGGCCUGCAGAGAAAGAACUGUGAUCUUUCCUUUCAAACUUUUUCAUCCCCAACGUCCAAGAUGCAUUCAGUCUUCCAGAGCACCCGAAAUCUCUCUCUUGCAUGUUUACAGUUUCAUCUGUGUAUGUUUCUAUAAAGAAGAUUUUAGAUUUCAACCCAAAGAGAUAUUACAGAGAAAAUCCUAAUAAAAUCCUAUUUCUGAACAACUAUAUGCACUUGUGUUUUAUGUUAUCACAUAGCUGUUUUUGAGUGUAUGCAAAGAAAACUGCUUAAUAUUUUUGUGGAAACCACGAUACAUUGAAAAGUUUGGAAUAGGUUUAAAAAGUUUUGAAUUUUUUAAAUAUUUUAAAAUAAUUUAU